AAGACAGUGAGGGAUGGAUAGGAGAUAAACGAAAAUAACUGGAGGGGAAUAAAAGAAGAAAGAAGCCCACCAACUCAAAUGCUAAAAUCUCUGUGACUGUGAGUGGAUAAAACGAACCAGAGAGAUUAUGGCACUGGCAAUGGCGCUACGUAGGCUUUCUUCUUCCAUUCACAGCCCCAUUCGUCACCUCCUCCAUGGCGGCUCUUUCUGUUAUCUGUCUUCUUUGCCCAACGAAGCUGUCUAUGAUAAGGAGAGACCACGCGUUCCGUGGCCUAAACAAUUGAAUGAUCCGCUCGAGGUAAUUGAUCCAGAAAUCGCGGACAUAAUUGAACUCGAAAAGGCCAGGCAAUGGAAGGGCUUGGAACUCAUACCAUCUGAGAACUUCACUUCCGUCUCUGUGAUGCAAGCAGUUGGAUCUGUUAUGACCAACAAAUAUAGUGAAGGUUAUCCUGGGGCUAGAUACUAUGGAGGAAACGAGUACAUUGACAUGGCUGAAUCCUUGUGCCAGAAACGUGCUCUGGAAGCCUUUCAUUUGGAUCCAGAAAAAUGGGGAGUGAAUGUCCAAUCUUUAUCUGGCUCUCCAUCCAAUUUUCAAGUUUAUACUGCAUUGUUAAAACCUCACGAUAGAAUUAUGGCACUUGAUCUUCCUCACGGUGGACAUCUCUCUCAUGGUUACCAGACUGAUACCAAAAAGAUCUCUGCAGUGUCUAUAUUUUUUGAGACAAUGCCGUACAGAUUGGAUGAGAGCACUGGCUAUAUUGACUAUGAUCAGUUGGAGAGAAGUGCUACUCUUUUCCGACCUAAGUUAAUUGUUGCUGGUGCUAGUGCCUAUGCACGUCUAUAUGAUUAUGCACGUAUACGCAAGGUCUGUGAUAAACAAAAAGCUAUAAUGUUGGCAGAUAUGGCCCAUAUCAGUGGAUUGGUUGCGGCUGGUGUUAUCCCUUCACCCUUUGAAUAUGCUGAUGUUGUAACCACCACAACUCACAAGUCACUUCGUGGCCCACGUGGAGCCAUGAUUUUUUUCAGGAAAGGAGUGAAGGAGAUAAAUAAGCAAGGCCGGGAGGUGUUAUAUGACUAUGAAGAAAAAAUCAACCAGGCUGUCUUUCCUGGUCUACAAGGUGGACCGCACAACCACACAAUUGCUGGUUUAGCAGUUGCACUGAAACAGGCAACAACUCCAGAAUACAAAGCGUACCAAGAGCAAGUUCUUAGGAAUUGCUCAAAUUUUGCACAGUCUCUCGUUGAGAAGGGCUAUGAACUUGUAUCUGGUGGAACUGAGAAUCAUCUAGUACUAGUAAAUUUGAAGAAUAAGGGUAUUGAUGGGUCAAGAGUUGAAAAGGUGUUGGAAUCAGUUCAUAUCGCUGCCAACAAAAACACUGUUCCUGGAGAUGUCUCAGCUAUGGUUCCUGGUGGUAUCAGGAUGGGAACUCCGGCUCUUACCUCCAGAGGAUUUGUUGAGGAGGAUUUUGCUAAGGUAGCAGAUUUCUUUGAUGCUGCAGUUAACAUAGCCGUAAAGAUCAAAGCAGAAACCAAAGGAACAAAAUUGAAGGACUUUCUUACCACAAUGCAGUCUACUCCUUACUUCCAGUCUGAGAUUGAAAAGCUACGACACGAUGUUGAGGAAUAUGCAAAGAAAUUUCCUACAAUUGGUUUUGAAAAGGAAACGAUGAAAUACAAGAGCUGAGAGAAAAACCGUGUCUGGGAUGAAGCAGAAAAGAAAUGUUGGCCAAUAAAUUAAAGGGUUGUGUGUCAAGUAUGUAAGUCUUAAUUAUUUUAUGUGCUCAAAAUUCAGCAGAUCAUUUUGAUUGGGUCCGAGAUGUAUAUAUGCAUAUUGAAGUCAUCUAAGAAAAUAAACUGGCCUGCUUCCAGUUAUUUCUUUCCCAAUA